AUGGCAAUGGCGCGGCAUCUGCCCGGCCUUCUCGGCAGCAAAGCAGAUUCCAAGGAGGCGCCCAGCCGCUCGCGCCUGCCUCGAGGAGCUGCAGAGCAAGGCGCUCUUUCUGCACCGCCUUGGCACCUCGCUCUGCGACGCCGCUUUGCGGGCUUGGCUGUGCCGGCCAACUCUUUCCACGCUUGUGGCGAGACGUCGCAGAAACGUUCUGGUGAGGAGUCGCCCAGCGGUGCUUCGAGAUGGCGUACCCACCGGAGUGCUAUGCUUGCAGUCAAAGACGAGGAGUUUGAGAUCGCUGUGCAGCUUGCGGCCUAUUACGUGGCAGACGCGACUGAGGGCCGCCUUGACAAUGGCCUUGCAUCGAACUUCAAAUCCGGGAAUAAGCGAAAGCUAUACUGUUGUUUGGUGCAGACCCACAUCGCUUGGCAUGUCAUGGUCAUGGCGGCGUGCGUGCUCCACUCUCUUCUCAUCAUCCUCGAGCCUCCUCCAGGACAAAGCUGCGCCCGUGGCUGGGAGAACGUUGCCGAACUCUUUCUGGUCCUGAUCUAUGUAGCUGACAUCUUGCUGAAGGUCGCGUACAUGGGCGCGGGAACUUUCCUGUCGCUCCGAGGUUCCAAGAUCUGGCAAACCACCUACGCGGCCCUGACGGGCAUCCUUUUUCUCGACGCUGCGCUCGCGCCAUGCACCAGACUGUCGCGACCCUUGCGGCCAAUCAUGCUCGUGCUACGAUCCCGGAGUGUCCGGAACUUUUACACCACAGUGCUCCGCAUUUGUCCAAGCCUCUUGAAGGUCUUGAUGCUGUUGCUGUUUAUCUUGACAGCGUCGUCGCUUGGAAUGGCCCGGCUGCUGCGUGGCAGCGGGACACGCUACUUCACAAGCUCCUUGGCCACCUUCCAGGAAAUGGCCAUACUGCUGCUGACCCAGGACAACUACAAGGAUCUCCUGCAUGAUCUGAGCGAUCAUGGAGGGCUGGCAUCGCUCCUGGUCUUUUUCACCUUUGUGGUUGUUGGUGUCUUAUUUCUGAUGCAGUUGGUGCUCGGGACGGUCAUCGACACUUACAUGGAGGAGGCGCAAGAAGAGCUGCGAAGCAAGCGGGUGAAGCAAGCGAAAGGUCUGAUGCGAGCCUUCUCGGUUUUGGACCUGCGCAAAGAAGGACACCUGCGCCAGAGAGCUUUCGACCGCCUCAUCCAGAAGUUGCGGCCAUCUGAUUCACCCUUCGAAAGGCACUUGAAGUUUAGCUUGCUCUCCAACAAGUACAAGUCGAUGGUGCCCGCAAGUUCAGGUCCUUCAACCCCUGCACGCAGUCGGGAGGAGCUUUCUCCCUUAGCACACCCGCCCUCGCCACCGAAGCGGCCGAUGAUUCCACUUCUGCCUCAGUUGCCAGAAUCGCCUCUCCCCUUCCAGGAGCCCACGAGCGGCCCCUGGACCAAUCCCGAGCCCAACAUUGAUCCCAUCGACUUCCUGUCGCUGCACACGGUCUUGGAACUAACCUUCAAGCCUCGGCGCCCGGCCUGGGAUGUCCCUGGCGUCUGCCGCGAGCAGCCUUGGUGGAGCCGUGGUGCCGAGCGACUCCUAUCAGAUCCCCGCUACAUGGUGCUUGUGCGUUAUCUGCUGUGGGCCGAUGCUGCAGUUUUCUUGGCUGAUGCUGAAUGCAUCGAGCCACUAGCAUCACUUGGAUGCUGCCUGCAAGUGAAUGACUUGCUCCAGACCGCAUUCCUGUUGCAGAUGGCCAUUCAGGUAUUUGCUUUGGGCAGUCUGCGGAAAGCCUGGCGCUUCGGUGGUUCUUCGGACACCCGGAUACUUCUCCGGGCAGAGCUAGUUCUAGCAGGUGCGCUGACAGCGGCUUCUGCCGCAACUUUGUCCUGCAGUCCAUUUUCGCGGUUUCGGCCUGCCGUGGCUGGUCUCGGUGCACUACGCAGCCUUCGUCUGGCAGCCACCUUCGGAGCCCUGCGACGCUUUGGCCAAUGCUUGGCAGACAUCCUCCCGGCGAUGACACAGAUGAUGGGCCUGAUCUGCGUGGUGCAAUAUGCUUUCGCUGCUGUUGCACUAGAAACUCUUGGGCAUCAGAGCCCGCGUGGCUUUGCGACAUUUCCGGAAGCGGCCAUGUCGCUCCUGCAGAUUCUCCUGAACGCCGACGGAACAACUAUGGCAAGAGAGGCGGUGCACAAGGCUCGCCCAGCCACGAUUGUCAUCUUUAUCGGUUACUAUGCUAUUGCCGUUCUGGUUGUGGUCAAUCUCGUCACAGCGCUGAUGAUUGAGUUCUACCGGGCAAGUUUGGCUGAGAACGUGGAGAAGCGGGAAGCACGACAGUCGGAGAUCACGCGUCAGGUCCAGGACUUGCUUCGGGAGAUGGAGGUGGUGGAAAACUUGGGCUUCGAGGUCGCCGGUUCCAAAGAGACCGGGAUAGAAAGGCUCCGCGAAAAAUUCUUGGGACGAGGGCAAGCCGAUGUCGUGGAUGAGGAGCUCUUGCGACAGGUGCAGAAAGAGGUGCCUCUAAGGGACCUGCUGUCUUUGCACCGGUCGAAGAGUGGUUCGAACUUCGCUGGGUCAAAUCCAACGACGCCCGGAAGCGGUGUGCACUGA